UCGAUUCAAUAAUGUCGAACUGCAAAUGCAGUCAUCUCUUUCUGCCGUUUGCUUAAUCCACACUCAAACUCAUUGGUCUCCUCUAAACACCACCAAACGAACGUGGGGGCAUUCUCUGUUUUCGUGGGCUUCCGCUUCAAGAAACGCACAUUCCCUUCCAUCGCCAUCUUCCUUCUUCCCUUCAUAUUAUACCUUUGAGGCAGAGACCCAGUUCUCCUUUCGCAUGCCCAUCGUUCAAAAUCACAUCUUUUUCCCGAAUUCCUGCGGAUUUCCCCAUACCCAUUAUGCUUUCCUGGAGACUUUUCCUUCUCUUUCCCCUUCUCUGUCUGUCCCUCGCCGAGGAAACGCCCGCUUCUCACGCGCUCCCUCGCCCUCUGAUCAUCGAAUACCCCGCGAGCGCGAAGGAGGUCGACGAGGGACAGGUCAGGCUGCAGUGUGAUAGCUGGAGAUUCGCUGUCGAGGCCAACAAUGUCAAUCCGUGGAAGACGAUCCCGCAGGAGUGCGCGGAUUACGUGAGGGACUACUUGUUGGGCAAAGCGUACGGCUUCGAUCUCGAUAGGGUGUCGAACGAGGCCGGAGUCUUUGCGGGCAGCGUGGAAUUGGGUGGGGACGGGAAGGAUGCGUGGAUCUUCGACAUUGACGAGACUCUGCUCUCCAAUCUUCCUUACUACGCCGAGCACGGUUUCGGCUUGGAGGUGUUUGAUCCGGUCGAGUUUGACAAGUGGGUUGACAAGGCGGAGGCACUGGGGAUACAGCCAAGUCUGGAGCUCUAUGAGCAAGUGCUGGGCUUGGGUUUCAAGGUCUUCCUGCUCACCGGGCGUAGUGAAAACCAAAGAAGUGUCACCGUUGAAAACCUGAUCAAUGCUGGGUUUCGGAAUUGGGACAAGCUCAUAUUGAGAGCAUCUGAUGAUCACGCCAAACGAGCAGUGGCGUACAAAUCGGAGAAGAGGGAUGAAAUGGUGAGGGAGGGAUACAGGAUUCUUGGGAACUCUGGAGACCAGUGGAGUGAUCUACUGGGUUCCUCAAUGUCCAUUCGCUCCUUCAAGCUUCCUAAUCCCAUGUAUUACAUUCCCUAGAGCACCCCUUUCUAGGAAAAUGUGGUUGCUCAUUGUAUUCUUCGGAUGGUGAAAGCAAUCCGCAGUUAACAAACAUGUGAAUCUGCUUUAGCCUAAUGGCUUAAUACUAUGUAAAUGCAACAAAGAGAUUGUAGUCA